UUGGUUCUUACGUUGGAAGAUACUGCGGUCAGAACACGCCAGGCAGGAUCAUCUCCUACACGGGCAUUUUGGCACUGACAAUCAACACGGACAGUGCCAUCGCCAAGGAAGGCUUUUCUGCAAACUUCACUGUCAUCGAAAGAACCAUUCCAGAAGACUUUGACUGCAGUGACCCUUUGGGAAUGGAGUCAGGCGAGAUAACAUCAGACCAAAUCAUAGCUUCCUCUCAGUACAACCCCAGCUGGUCCCCGGAGCGCUCUAGACUCAACUACUACGAAAACGCGUGGACGCCGGCAGAGGAUUCGAACAAGGAGUGGAUUCAGGUGGACCUUGGAUUUCUGCGGUUCAUCUCAGCAAUCGGCACCCAAGGCGCCAUUUCCCAGGAGACGCACAAGAUUUACUUUGUCAAGUCCUACAAAGUCGACGUCAGCUCAAACGGAGAGGACUGGAUCACUUUGAAAGAAGGUUCCAAACAGAAGAUUUUUCAAGGCAACACCAAUCCAACAGAGGUUGCCAAGACAAUGCUACCCAAAGCCACGCUGACGCGUUUCUUACGAAUCCGUCCAGUUACUUGGGAAACAGGCAUCGCGUUGCGGUUUGAGGUGUAUGGCUGCAAGAUAUCAGAGUACCCAUGCUCGGGCAUGCUGGGCAUGGUGUCGGGUAUGAUCACAGACAACCAGAUCACUGCAUCCUCCCAUACCGAUCGGAACUGGGUACCAGAAAAUGCUCGCUUGUUGACGAGCAGAACGGGGUGGACCCUGCUGCCCCAGCCRCAGCCCUUCAAAAAUGAAUGGCUGCAGGUGGAUCUUGGUGAGGAGAAACUGGUGAGGGGGAUUAUCAUCCAGGGUGGGAAAUACCGAGAGAACAAGGUCUUCAUGAAGAAGUUUCGUCUCGGCUACAGCAACAACGACUCUGACUGGAGGAUGGUGUAUGAUGCCAUUGGGAACAAGCCAAAGAUAUUUGAAGGUAACAGCAAUUAUGACACUCCUGAACUGAGGACGGUGGAGCCCCUGCUAACCCGUUUCAUCAGAAUUUAUCCAGAGAGGGCCACUCCUGCUGGGAUGGGCUUGCGGCUUGAACUCCUGGGCUGUGAGAUUGAAGCUCCUACACUCCCCCCAACAACAGUGGUCCCAAGCACGACCCCWUCCGAUGAGUGCGACGAUGACCAGGCGAGCUGCCACAGUGGCACAGGUGAUGACUACGACGAGACAGGUGGCACUUUGGCUCCAGAGACAACUACUUCUGAAGUGGACACCAUCCCAGCUUUUCUGUGGUUUGCCUGCGACUUUGGCUGGGCCAAUGAUCCGUCCUUCUGCAGCUGGACGUCAGAGGACACAGGCUCAAAGUGGCAGAUCCAGUCCAGUGGCACUCCAACUCUCAACACUGGUCCCAACAUGGACCACACAGGUGGAACAGGGAAUUUCAUCUACACGUUAGCGACGGGUCUACAAGAGACCGAAGUGGCUCGGCUCGUGAGUCCUGUGGUCAGCUCCCAGGACUCUGACCUGUGUGUGUCCUUUUGGUACCACAUGUUUGGGUCGCACAUCGGCACUCUUCAUAUCAAACAGCGCAAACAAACCGAGAAUGGACCUGUUGACAUCCUCCUAUGGACGGUCAGCGGUCAUCAAGGUAACCGCUGGAGAGAAGGGCGUGUCCUCGUGCCACGCACCAGCAAACCCUAUCAGGUUGUGAUUGAAGGUCUUGUGGAGAGAAAGAGCUGGGGAGACAUAGCUGUGGACGACAUUAAAGUUCUCGAUGGUCUCAGCAUAUCAGACUGUGAAGAUCCUGAUGCACCCACUGAGCCGAUGCUACCAGAGGACAGAUUGAACGAAAUCUUUGAGGAAAUCACUGAAUAUCCUGACUUUGUGGAGACCAACCAGAUCAGUGGAGCAGGCAACAUGUUAAAGACACUCGACCCCAUCCUUAUUACCAUCAUUGCCAUGUCCGCCCUGGGAGUCUUCCUGGGGGCCAUCUGUGGUGUGGUUUUGUACUGUGCCUGUUCACAUGGGGGCAUGUCGGAGAGGAACUUAUCAGCCCUGGAGAACUAUAACUUUGAGUUAGUGGAUGGUGUCAAACUAAAGAAAGACAAACUCAACGUACAGAGCUCAUACUCGGAGGCAUGAGAUGAGUCGGACUACACUUGUGAGACUGCGUGAUGGGCAGAGCUCACACACACAAGAAAAUCGUCAUGAGGCAUAUCCUCUCGUACAUAUGCGUGUAGACAGGACUGCCAAAACCCUCAACUCACUGGACGAGGGUCAGGUUCAGGAACCAGUGGGAGGUUUGGACUGAUCCACGCUUUUCUCAGGAGCUGCAGUAACAAAACCUACCAGUAGGGGRCACUGUGUACAAAAGAAAAUACAGGAAAAAAAACUGUACAGAUGAUUUAGAUAAUACUAUAAUUUUGUAUUUUGAUUUACAUUCAUUUUUACAAUCGGAUGCUGGUGUUGAGACCAAUUUAUUGAUAUUGUUAAAAUUAUUUAUCAUUUUUUGGGGGGGGAUGUUUUUUAUAUAAUUUUUUUUCUAAUCAGUUUGUGAAGUCUGUUUUUUUUUUUUUUUAAUUGAGAAAGAGACGUAUCAAAAUCCUUAAAGAAC